UUGCGAAGAAGAAACAAAAACAGCUUGACAGAGCUCCGUUUUGUGAUAACAGGAGGAGAAAACUCUAAUUUCAUCACUCUCUUUUAUUCCUCAGAGGCAGCACGAUGCCGAGAAGUGUUCGUCGUAUUGCUUGUAACGAAGGGUGAAGAGAAGAAGCUAAAUUGCUAACGUCAAUAGCCUGUAGCUAACUAACUGAUUACUUCCCUCUCAAUAAGAUUAAGAAUCAUGACGCAGAAAGUCAACCUGUGUUCAGUUUCCCUUGGAGUGGAGGGUAUGACCUGUGGCUCCUGUGUCCAGUCCAUAGAGCAGCGUAUCGGGUCUCUCCCUGGAGUAAUCCAUAUAAAGGUGUCUUUAGAGAACAAGGAUGCCACCAUCAUAUUUGAGCACAGCCAACAGAGCCCAGAGUCUCUGUCAGAGGCCAUCGACGACAUGGGAUUUGAAUCAAGUCUAUCAGAGUCCAGCACAGCCACACCCAUUUUCACAGAUACCCAGUUGGUCCCCACCACAGGCCUGACUCCUGCAGCUCAAGAGGAGGCCUUGGAGAAGCUCUCUCAGAUUCAGGGAGUACUGGAUGUCAGAGAGAGCCUGGCUCAGGCAGGUGUUACUGUCACCUUCCUCCCGUCCUUGACUUCUUCGCAGCAGCUGAGUGAAACAGUGGCCAGCCUAAUGCCUUUGGAGAUCCCUACACCCAGCAGCCCUAAGCAAAAAGGCCUAACCUUGUCCCCGUCUCACAGCACAGGAGGAGGGGUGGCACUCCUGAAAUUAUGCAUUGAAGGAAUGACCUGUCACUCCUGCACCACCACUAUUGAAGGGAAGAUUGGAAAACUGAAAGGGAUUGAAAAGAUCAAAGUUGUUUUAGAGUCUCAAGAAGCUACAAUUGUCUACCUGCCCUACCUCAUCACUGUCCAAACCAUCAUCGAUCAAAUUGCUGUGGCAGGCUUCAAAGCUGUUGUGAAGUCCAAGCCCCGUCCUCUGCAGCUGUCCCCCAGUGAAAUCGAACGUUUCGUUGAUUCUCAGAAACCAAUCGUUUCUUCACCAUCUGAGACUUCAGAGGAGACAGAAAUCUUCAUAGACACAACUCUUGUCAGGCUCAGGGUGAAAGGCAUGCACUGCCGUUCCUGUGUGGUCAAUAUUCAAGACAAUAUCUCCAUCCUACCUGGUGUAUCCUCUGUGGAGGUCUCUCUAGAGGAGGAGAAAGCCUCCAUUUGCUACGACCCUGUAGUGGUCACAGUGCCUCAACUGCAGCAGGCAAUUGAAGCGCUGCCUCCAGGAAACUUCAAGACUCAACCCUGGGACUCCACUGGCAUUUUCAAUCCCGUAUCCACCUCACCCAUGCCGACCUUAUCAUCAUCUCGGACUCUUGGAGCGCCCCAUGCCAAAGCUGCUGCCUCACAGCCUUGUUUUAACCAGCCACUGGCUUCUGUGGUUAAUGUUCACAUUGAGGGCAUGACAUGCAAUUCCUGUGUCCAGUCUAUCGAAGGCAUGAUCUCCCAAAGGAAGGGCGUGACGUUAGCCCAGGUUUCUCUGGCUGAUCACCAGGGGAUCUUUGAGUACGAUCCCCUCCUGACCUCACCAGAGGAGCUGAGGGAGGCCAUAGAGGACAUGGGCUUUGACGCCUUCCUUCCUGAGACCAAUUCCCUGCUGCCUACAUCAAACCCAAGUCCCUCGAAGUCUUUAAGUCUGGCACCUGUGAAAGAUAAGGAGCUCAACAAUGACUUGCACAAAGAAACCCCCCAGGCACACAAUGGAGAGACACACUCUAAAUGCUUCAUCCAGAUCGGAGGCAUGACCUGUGCUUCCUGCGUGGCUAACAUCGAGAGAAACCUCAAAAAUGAACCUGGUAUCUCCUCGGUUCUGGUAGCCCUUAUGGCCAGUAAAGCAGAGGUGCGGUAUAACCCAGAAGUCAUCGACCCCAUGAAAAUAGCAGAGUGUGUGAGAGAGCUGGGCUUCACUGCCUCAGUUAUGGAGAACUAUGAAGGCACAGAUGGAAACCUAGAGCUAGUGGUCAGGGGAAUGACGUGUGCCUCUUGUGUUCACAAAAUUGAAUCCAACCUUAUGAAAGAAAAGGGGAUUAUAUAUGCCUCUGUUGCCUUAGCAACCAACAAAGCACACAUUAAGUAUGACUCGGAAAUUAUAGGGCCGCGAGACAUCAUCAAGCUGAUUGAGAACCUGGGCUUUGAAGCAUCUCUGGUGAAGAGGGACCGCACUGCCAGUCAUCUGGAUCACAGCAAAGAGAUACGACAGUGGAGGAAAUCUUUCUUGGUGAGCUUGAUUUUCUGUGUGCCUGUGAUGGGGAUGAUGAUGUACAUGAUCAUCAUGGACUACCAGAUGAAUGCCUCACAUCAACACAACACCACAGUAGAGGACCGUAACCACUACCACUCCACCAUGUUCCUGGAGAGACAGCUGCUCCCAGGACUCUCAAUUAUGAACCUGCUCUCCUUCCUCUUUUGUGUGCCUGUGCAGUUUAUUGGAGGUCGCUACUUCUACAUUCAAGCCUACAAAGCUGUGAAACACCGAUCUGCCAACAUGGAUGUGCUCAUAGUUCUGGCCACCUCCAUAGCCUUCACCUACUCAUGUGUCGUGCUAUUAGUGGCCAUGGUGGAGAAGGCAAAAAUUAAUCCUAUUACCUUCUUCGACACGCCGCCUAUGCUCUUUGUCUUCAUCUCCCUGGGUCGCUGGCUGGAACAGAUAGCCAAGAGCAAGACAUCUGAGGCUUUGUCCAAACUGAUGUCUCUACAAGCGACUGAGGCCACAGUGGUCACUCUCGGCAACGACAUGUCUAUUCUCAGUGAGGAGCAGGUGGAUGUGGAGCUGGUGCAGAGAGGUGACGUGGUGAAAGUGGUUCCUGGAGGGAAGUUUCCGGUGGAUGGCAGAGUCAUUGAGGGACACUCCAUGGCCGACGAGUCUCUCAUCACAGGUGAGGCCAUGCCAGUGACUAAGAAGCCUGGGAGUUCUGUGAUUGCAGGGUCCAUUAACCAGAAUGGAUCUCUGCUGGUCAAUGCUACACAUGUUGGCAUGGACACCACGCUGUCUCAGAUUGUCAAACUUGUUGAAGAGGCUCAGACUUCAAAGGCUCCCAUCCAACAGUAUGCAGAUAAGAUCAGUGGUUACUUUGUGCCCUUCAUUGUCGGCAUAUCCGUCCUCACCUUGAUUGCCUGGAUCAUCAUUGGAUUUUUGGACUUCCCUCUAGUGGAGAAGUACUUUCCUGGUUACGACAAGAGCAUUUCCAGGGCUGAGGCAGUGAUUCGAUUCGCCUUCCAGGCCUCCAUAACAGUAUUAUGCAUUGCCUGUCCCUGCUCCCUUGGCUUGGCAACUCCGACAGCUGUCAUGGUGGGCACAGGAGUUGGAGCCCAAAAUGGCAUCCUGAUAAAGGGAGGGGAGCCACUUGAGAUGGCACAUAAGGUCCAGUCAGUGGUGUUUGAUAAGACUGGCACCAUUACAUAUGGUGCUCCAAAGGUUAUCCAGGUCAAAAUUGUUGUGGAAGGGAACAAGAUGCCGCGCUCCCGACUGCUGGCAAUCGUGGGUACUGCUGAGAACAAUAGUGAACACCCUCUGGGAGCAGCUAUCACCAAAUACUGCAAACAGGAGCUUGGCACAGAGUCUCUUGGCUCAUGCACAGACUUUCAGGCAGUGCCGGGCUGUGGCAUCCGCUGUCAGGUCAGCAACACAGAGUCCCUGUUGAAACAGGCGGACAGUGACAGUGAAGACAACAACCAGCGCAACAGUGUCCUCGUCCAAAUCAGUGACACCCGGAUGUCCACCAGCUCCCAUCCACUCAUCAUGGACCCACAGCCACUUAGCCUUGUCCAGACAGCCACCUAUGUCGUCCUGAUUGGCAAUAGAGAGUGGAUGAGGAGGAACUGCAUGCAGGUCAGACCGGAUGUAGAUGAGGCCAUGACGGAGCAUGAACGCAGAGGACGCACUGCUGUUCUGGUAGCUAUAGACAAUGUCCUGUGUGCGAUGAUAGCCAUAGCAGAUACAGUGAAACCAGAGGCUGAGCUGGCUGUCCACACUCUGACCAACAUGGGUCUGGAAGUGGUGCUGAUGACGGGAGACAACAGCAAGACGGCACGGGCCAUCGCCGCUCAGGUGGGGAUCAGGAAGGUGUUUGCAGAGGUGCUGCCCUCCCACAAGGUGGCCAAGGUGGAGCAGCUUCAGCAGGCAGGAAAGAGAGUGGCAAUGGUGGGUGACGGUGUCAACGACUCACCCGCUCUGGCCAUGGCUGACGUGGGCAUCGCCAUAGGAACCGGGACAGAUGUGGCCAUAGAGGCAGCAGAUGUGGUGUUGAUUAGGAACGACCUGCUGGAUGUGGUGGGCAGCAUUGACCUCUCCAAAAAGACUGUCAAGAGGAUCAGGAUUAACUUUGUCUUUGCUCUCAUCUACAACCUGGUUGGCAUUCCUAUCGCAGCAGGUGUAUUCCUCCCCAUUGGUCUGGUAUUACAGCCAUGGAUGGGCUCUGCUGCGAUGGCACUGUCAUCUGUCUCUGUGGUUUUGUCCUCACUUCUACUCAAAUGUUACACUAAGCCCAGUGCUGAGAAGUUGGAGGCCCGUCUGGGUAACAGAAGGCAGCAGGGCAGCCUGUCCAAUGUCAGCGUUCACAUCGGUAUGGGUGAGCUGCGUCGACCCUCCCCCAAACUCAGCCUGCUGGACCGUUUUGUCAACUACAGCCGUGCCUCGAUCAACUCCCUGCGCUCGGACAAGCACUCGCUCAACAGCUUGGUCCUCAGUGAGCCCGACAAACACUCACUGUUGGUGGGGGAGGCACCAUGUGAGGAGGAGUUUUGCUGAGAAGAGAAUAUGUAACGCUCACAUGGGCCAGCAAAGGCUUUUGUAUGCUGAAGUAGACCAUAACUGCAUUUAUUGAAGGCUGGGCCACACUAAGCUGAAAGGGUUACAUUGGAUAAUGGCCCAUCCAUCUGCUGUAGGUGCCCUCAGGGGCAGCUCUAUUGACUUGAAGAGGGCUUAUAUGCCUCUUGUUUUCUUUUAGCUGAUCACAUGCACUUCAGAGCACGCUGGGGUGACAUCCUCUCCAUCAGUAGCUGACUAUCUUUUGUUUAGGUCACUGCCCUCCGCCACACUCUUUGACCAAACCUUAAACACUUUGAUCCUCUGACACCCUCAGUGUGUAGAGGUGUCUUCAGCAUCUGCAGAGCCUUGAAGCAGAUGUCCACAACCAGGAAGCAGAGUGAUAAUCAACUCCGCCACUACAAUCUUUAACAUCUAUCCAAAGACAUUUUAACAGUGUUGCCACAUGUAGAAGUGGACACUACAGAGUUAUAUUUUAACAAAUAUUUCCUUCUAUGGGAAGUUAGAACUUUGUUGUAUAAUUCUAUUUCAGAGUAUUUAUAUCACCCUUAUUUAUCUCAUUUUCCUUAUAUCCAAUGUGAAAAUUGAAGUUGUUGAAUCCAAAUGCUAGUUUGCAUUUUCAGUCUCCUAAAAUGUGUAAUUAUUGAAGAAAGUAAGACUUUUAAAAAACUUGGUUAUGUAACUUGCUGCAAAACGUGCAGAAUGCUAAUGAAGUAAGUUGUAAAUGUAAACGUUACCCAAGUGCCAAUUGAAAUUGCCACCUUGGCAAAGUCCAACACAUUCCAAAGAUAGCACUGUACAGAGGUUACCUUGGACAUAAGGUUCAAAAGUGUCAACAGAGAUAAGGUCAAGGACUGAAAGACCUGAAGAAGGCUGACUGAUGCUGACUGUAGAAGAGUUUGGUCUCAAGUUUCUCGUAGCGGCUUAUAAACUCUACAGUUGUCAACCCUCUGGCUCUUUGGUUAAUGAUGUGAGAUGUCUGUCAAUGAAUGUGAACACUAUUUACUGUUGAAUUUAAGCCUAAGUUGUUACAUGAAUGACACUGUGCUAGGAUUACUUGAUUUGCUUGUUGCAAAGAGGCAUUUUGUGUUUGUGAUGCGGUUUGUCAUGAAAUGGCCAAAUCGUAAGUUCAUUUGUAUUCCCUAUGUCUAACCCUAACCCUUAUGUCAUCACAACAAGCAAGAUGGUGUUACUGUUGCAAAGCUUCUUUCUGUUUCUAAAAAUUUCUAUCAUGGAUGCAACUCUUUGUUCAUUUCUCUACUUUUCUAUAUGAUUCACGCCACUGUACUUGAUCAAAGAAACAUGUUUAAACCCAGGAGAGCAGGAGCCGCAAACUAAACACAGCCGAGUCCUGACAGUUUCACCAAACAAGUUACUAAGAGACAAAUGUUUAUGAUUUAAAUAGAUUGUUAAAUAAAGUAUAAAGUCACAUUAUAAAAGUUUCACAGCAUUUUCAUCUUGCAGUCAUGGACAGAUGCUGUUAAACUGUCUGUGCUUUAUAGAAGUUUCUUUUUACUUUUUACAUAACUUCUUUGUUAAAUUAGGAGAUAGUCACAACAGUCCAGUUACUCCUUGAAUAGAUUACUCUUAGCUAUUAUUUUCUGCUGAUCAAAACACAUAAGUUUGAUGCCUCUCCCAUCAUACAACAUAUUCUGAAGUUUUCACAGCUUUCUGAGUGCAAUUAUGCCAAUCAGUUGUUUGUGUGUAACUUUGUAAAGAUGUUCUUAAUGCCUCAGAUCUGUGUGCAGUCAAAUGAAGCAAGUCCAUGUUUGCUGUCCGUCAU